UUGGUGGAUGGCGUUGCCUUUCAUCCAAUCACUGAGCAUUUCAUUGGAUAGUCAGACACAUUACUUGCAUUGGACCGAAAGUGUGCUCAAGGUUUUCUGUCCUUAAAAACGCUGCAGCACCAUGGGUGUGUUGUCCACGCUGAUGAGGGGUCUGGUUAGAGGAGCAGACAGAAUGUCUGAGUUCACCAGCAAGCGUGGAUCAAGGACCCAUAACAAAGGCAGGGGCGCACGGCCCACGGGACUGCGGCUCUCCAGCAGAAAGUUUCUGUCCAUAAGGGCCAUGAUUCCUGAGUUUGUGGUGCCUAACUUGGAAGGAUUCAAACUCAGACCCUACGUAUCAUAUCGCUGCCCCAGAGGAACAGAGCCUCCGCUCACAGCACAAAGUGUUUUUGCUGAGGUAGUGGCCCCUAAGAUCAAGAAAGACUUUGAAGAGGGCACUUUCAGUAAAGAACAGCUGGAGAAAUAUGGCUUUGAGCCCACACAGGAGGGGAAGCUCUUCAAGCUGUAUCCCAAGAACUAUGUGCGUUAAAGUUGCACUCACUGUGAUGUAUUUACAAAGAAAGGCUCAGACUGCUGAUGAAAGCUGCAGACAACACUUUCAGGAAAAAAAUAUUGCAAGUGUGUUUAGGAAGAGAUUGACUUGCUUGAUAAGUGGGAAAAAUAAAACUUAAGAUCCAUGCUGCAGAA